GUCCUUAUAACACUUUACUUGUCCCAUGUAAGAAAGUACACUGCACAGCAGACAGCUUCGUCGAGAAUGCUGCCAUAAAGCCGUCCAUCUAAUCUCGCUGGUCGGACAACGUCAACGCCAAGACUUUCUGCAACACCCAAGCUUCUGUUGGAAAUUCACAAUAUUGUACUGUACUGUACUUAGCGCAGCACAUCAUUCUCACCACGUUAUGCACAACUUCUCGAUCAUGACUCCAUUCUCAUAGAACUUCAAACUCUUCACCAUCCCGUACAUAAAUGUAGAAUCUCGCUUGGCUUCCUGCGCGAUCAACCAAUUGUCCAGGAGAAAAAGUUCGGUGGAAAAGGGAAAGCCCUGACCUUUCCAUAGGUACAUCCUCUCACCCCAGGAACAACGAGCGGAGUUCUCCGGACAUGCUUUCCACCAUUCGAUCUAGCCCUAUGAAAAGGGCAAUCAAUACCUGCAUCCGGUCCAUCAGGCCGUUUUCAUGCACGACACAGCUGCUGGGGAAGCCAAUGCCGCCCAGACCUAAACUCGACGAUGCUGAUAUCACGGGGACAUAUCUGAAGGGGACAGGGCCGGGUGGGCAGAAAAUAAACAAAACCAACUCGGCCGUCCAACUAAUCCACAAACCCACCGGGAUCGUGGUAAAGUCCCAAGCGACGCGCUCGCGUUCUCAGAACCAGAAGAUCGCACGCCAGAUCCUCGCUGAGAAAGUGGAGCAAUUGGAAAAGGGGGAGCAGAGUCGCGCCGCCAUCAAGGCCGAGCGCGAGCGGAAGAAGAAGGCGAGUAAGAUGAAGAAGAGUCGGAGGAAGUAUCGCACGUUGGAGGAAGAGAAGAAAAGGGAAGAUAGUGAGGAAGGAGAGGGUGUGAAUGAAGAGAAAGAGGGCGCUGGGGGACACGACGGAAGACUGUGAAGCGUUUCGUGAACUUUGCAGUGGAGUUUGGGAGUGUUCAUGUAUAAGAGACAGAUGGACUGGUUCAUUUUUUGAGUAUAUCAGGAUUUACGGGUUUGCGAUUUAACAUCAUGCAUGGGACCUUUACAGUUUUCUACGGUGUAAUAUCAUCAGCAGACAGCGAGA